CUCCGAGUAGUGUAGUGCAGUGCGAAGGAGCAAAGUCGGCUCCGUCCAUGUACAUGCCCAAGUGAACAAAUCGUACGUAUCACAUACACACAAGUAAUAAACCGCAUACCCCUAAUUAUAAACUUAUAAACAUAGAUAGAUCGAGAUCGUUUUAUCACGUUGUCGCUGCAUUACCGCACGAGUACAAAACGAUCACCUAUCCUCCCCCAACCCCAUCUCCGCAACCCCCCCCCUCCUCUCCAUCCAACUCUUAGCCAACUUGUUUAACAAUCGACAACAGUGUAAUAACAAAUAGUAUAUACCAAUAUAUAUAUAUAUAUAUAUAUGUAUAUAUAUAUUUACAUGUAUACGCAUAUGCAUAUAUAGUAUCUCUACGGUCAGUGUGAGGUGUGAACUUCUGUAACCGCCGUCAUGAGUUAAAGCAUUACAGCCUAGUGUGUAAUCGAUCGAAAUCAAUCACUUGAAAGGUUAAAUGUAAGGUAUAUAAUAAUAAUAAUAACAAUAAUAUUAAUACUAAUAAUAAUUAAUAAUCAAUGAUAUCGGUAUAAAUAUAACACCGUAUGUACGUAGGUGAAAAAAAGAAAAUAACUGAGAUGACGGUAUAGAAGUUAUACCUGCGUAGGGAUCGCCGCGUCGGUCGUCGAUUUUAAAUUCAGUGCCGAAAGUAUAACAAUGAUAAUAAUAAUAAUAAUCUAAAUAACGAUAAUAAUCGCAUAAAUGUAUAAUUAACAACCGUGUGGUACACCCUAUGUGUAACGGAAAGAAGUAUAAAUCGCGAGUGAAAUAAAUAAUAAUCGUCGGAGAAUGGAUAAGUGUGGUAGUAGUGGGUGGUGUGAUGUGUGAUUAGCGGGUAGAUAGAUAGUGUGUACGAUGUGGUGUCUAGCAACAGCCUAUGCUAGUGGUGUCUCCUCCUCAGACCCGUCGCGGUUUUAUCACGAGCAUCUGAUCCCUCAGCGUUGUUGCUACAACCCUCGUCGCUGUGCGUGGGGCCGUAAGCAUCUCCUUGCCAUGAGCAUCCAGAGUGACUAGUGACCGCGCGUUGUGUGAUGAUCGUUGAUCCGCUACUCGUUCGUCCUCCCGCAAUACCGGUUGUUCAUGUUAAUGUUGUUGUUGGUUUAUUGUGCGUUUACGGCGGUAAUGUCGCAACGUAAAUAGAAGGAGAGGAUAAGUGUUACUAAAGAAAUAGUUUUUGGUAUCACUUGUUUUGUUCUCAGUGGAUAUAAGAGAAGCGAAUAGCCGCUAGAUCUAGAUAUCGCCGAUAGUUUGGCUGUGGCUGGCUGGCUGGCUGGUUUUGUUACGCUGGCCUCCGAUACUAGUUCCUUGUUGGUGCAGAGUGCGCGAGAUCGGGCGAGAGUUGUGUGUCGUUGUACAGUGUCGCCAAACGAUACCACAACAUCCGAUCCCAAAUGAAGAGUUCGGAGCAAAAUGGUUAGAGAGACACGACACCUGUGGGUUGGAAAUCUGCCGGAAAACAUCCGAGAGGAUCGCAUAAGAGAGCACUUCAAACGGUAUGGACGCGUACAAAGCGUCAAGCUGCUGCCACGGGGAGAAGAAUGCCCCGUCGAUGGGAGCUCCGGCGGUGAGGGGAGCGAGGGCGGGGGCGUCGGUGUCGGCGGCGUCGGCGUCGGGAGCGUCGGGUCGACGGGCACCGGGGGUGCCUCAGCGACGGUCGCGUUCAUGGACAUUAAAUCCGCUGCGAAGGCUCACGCCACCGAGCACACCCUGGACGAAAGAGCCCUCACAACACAGUACUACGAGCCACAGCAUCUUCAGCAUAGGUUUCCCCCCCACGGAAGUUCGGAGGAUCAUGGAACCGGCGGUGGUAGCGCUGGAGGUCCAACGGAAGUGUUCGAGCCACGUGGAUCCCACGUGGGUUUCUACACGAGCGAGAGAGGGAAUCGCGUCGGCGGCGGCGGCGGUAUGCCUGAAUCUGCCGGCGAUCCCGGAGGCUACAUUCCUCGCGGUCGACCUCCCCCAGUCAGCGGUUACCACGUGACGUCAGCCAGGGCGAGGGAUCGGCUAUAUCCGCGAACGGGCCCUUACGCAGCCGGCCCACCACCUCCACAUAUAGAACGUCAUCGCAGUAGCCUAGCACCCUCGUCCUGGUCCUCGUAUGAGUCUGCGACAUCUCGGUACACCUCGGCGCCGCCCCCACCGUCGCCGGCGACCACGGACGCCUACGAAGAGCCGAGCGGCGGUAGAACCCAGCACAAAAAACAGCGGCGAAAAUCACGAAGCGGUAGCAGCUCGCCGAGCGGCUCGAGCCGAUCCGGGAGCAGCAGUAGCAGCCGAAGUGGCAGUUCCGGUGGUAGCAGUUCCGCCGGAAGCAGUUCCCCGAGCAGUUCACCUCAUCGCGGCAGCAACGCCGUUACGGAAGACCGGAGGCCGCUCGCUAUAUGCGUACGCAAUCUGCCGGCAAGGAGCAGUGAUACCUCAUUGAAGGAUGGACUUUUUCACGAGUAUAAAAAACACGGUAAAGUGACGUGGGUUAAAGUGGUCGGUGCUGCCGGUGAUCGUUACGCGUUGGUAUGCUUUAAAAAACCCGAGGAUGUCGAGAAGGCGCUUGAGGUGUCUCACGACAAGCUUUUCUUUGGCUGUAAAAUCGAGGUCGGACCCUAUCAGGGUUACGACGUCGAGGACAAUGAGUUCAGGCCGUAUGAGGCUGAACUCGACGAGUAUCAUCCUAAGGCUACGCGGACAUUGUUUAUUGGAAAUUUGGAGAAGGAAGUGACGGCCUCUGAACUGAGGAAACAUUUCGAACCAUUUGGAGAGAUAAUUGAAAUCGACAUAAAGAAGCAGGGUGCCGUAUCAAGUUAUGCCUUCUGUCAGUACUCGGACAUCAGCAGUGUCGUAAAAGCUAUGAGGACUAUGGACGGGGAACAUCUUGGUGCGAAUCGCAUAAAACUCGGUUUCGGCAAAUCCAUGCCCACCUCCUGCGUUUGGGUAGACGGGAUUGGAGAGUGUAUGUCGGAAAAAUAUAUAAACAUGCAGUUUCAUCAAUUUGGACCAAUAACGCAGGUGGCAGUAGACCGGGAACGCGGUCAUGCGCUAGUCUUUUUCGAGCAAAUUAGCUGCGCCCAAAACGCCGUCAAAGAGAUGAGGGGUAUCGCGCUUCGUGGACGUCGACUUCAGGUCGAUUUUGCAUCUAGGGAAUGCCAAGAGGCAUUUUACGAACAUCUGGAACGACAGGGAAUUGCCGGCGAAAGACCUUGGGACACGAGGCCUGCUACCGCGGCAGCUUUUGAACCAACGAGAGAACGCAGCUUCGAGUCAGCAGUGACGGUUCCAAAUGCGGGUAGCAGGUUUACCCGCUACGAAACUCCACCUAGAGCACGGACGGCGAGUUACACUCGGACUCCUGGUGGCAGUAGUACACCAGGAGCGAGUCCUGCCCAUCCAACAGCAGUCUCGCGAAGUACGCGACGCUACCAAACCGAUCCGUAUUACGAGGGAGAUUACACGGACCCAAACCCCAGGAGGUUUCGAAGCUACGACGAAUUCAGCCAAGGCAGUGGCGCCAGUCAUGAUGAUUACGAGGCCAGUUCAAUCGGCGACACAAAACUACCCGAUGAAGAUUGUCCGCCGCCGCGUCGUCAUACCGUACAAAGUGUCGUGACAAGUGUCGAUCCACCCAUACCACCCCCACCGUUACUCCCUCCCCCGGAUAUACGGCAUCUCCAAAAGGAGCGAGUACACCUUUUGGAACAGCUCGAGGAGUGUCACAGCAGUGGCGACGAGAGUUUCACACCUAAGAAGCGAAUGAAGCUCGAUAACGCUGUGAUGUGCGAGGACGACGAACCUGAGCUGGCCUGUCUUUUGGUCACUUCUCAUUCCGGUAGAAAAGGAUUGGACGUGAGAAGGGUCAGCGAGAGCAAAACCCUCGUACACCAUGGAACGCGUCGGGGUAGCUGCGAGGGAAGGGGACCGGGACCUUGCAAGCGGCGGAGGGAUACCGGGAGACACCACGAGCAUCAUGACGGUUCGAGACCAGGAACGCCACUCGUGGACGAGAGACCGGAAAAUUUGGUUCCCUGCGAACCGCGGACGUAUCGAGAAAGAACUCACGAUAGACCCAUGUCGUUACCUUUGCCCAGGUUUGCUGCCGAACUGAUGAACAAUAACAAUAACAGCAGCAGUCGUGCUUCCACGGUGCCACCCGCAAAGGUGGCUAGUCCUCCCGUACUUCUACCAUCAACUAGUCCCAGGGCGCCACCUCAGCCACCAGCGUCUCCACCUCCGAGGUAUCUGAGCUCAAGUCCUACGAGUUCGGAUAGCGAGACAGCGCCGCAAUCCCCUAGUCUGGAAGAGAGAAUUCGUUCGCUCGAUGAAAAGUACGAGAAAUGGUCUGGUUCUAGGGCAUUGAGUGCCGCCGGUGGCGACGCGCUCGCCAAACUCGAUACCACGUUGGAGAGGUUCAGGUUUCGUCACAAACUACUUGACCUUGAGCUACACGAAGUACAGCCAUCUGACAUUGUGAAGUCUGUGCUCGCCAAGAGGAGCGUAUUCGACGAGGACUCGAAAAGACUAGAGAACUUCAACGAAAAGUAUGAACCGAGAGAAUUCACUGGUGUUAGUGGUGUUGGUUCAAUGAUGGGUGGAGGAAGCCUGAUCGGAAAUGCGGGGAAAGUUGGUCUCCAGUACCCCUUUCCGAGUCAUCCGCCUGUUCAACCUACAACCACGGUGACGACCCUUGUUAGCACUACCUCGUCCACGUUAACGGUGUCUCCAUCCCAAAAGACUGAUUCAAGAACAGCCAUUCAUAACUGUGUGCAUCCCCCAACCCCCACAACCCCAAUUACCCCUAGUGUAGCUGUAAAAACAGUAAGCCCCGAACUACCGCCAGUUUCGGUGACAGUGGGUGUAACUAGUGUAAGCGCAGUAAACAGUAACAGCAGUGUAUCUGUGAGUAGUCUUAGCAGCAACAGUAGUAUAAGUAGCGUAGUUAUCGCACCUAGCAUCGCAGCACCCCGAACUGGAAACUCAAGUUUAUGCACGAGUCCGGCGGUUGUUACCUUGGUCACGGCCACGACGACCUGUCAAAUUUCCUCGACUGUAAGUAGUCAGGCGGAAACGCCGCGAGCACGAUUACGGAAAGACGGUGGAAACUGUCGAGAUAGUCGUGACUCCAGAGACAGCAGAGAUAGUCGAGACAGUAAGGACAGCCGGGACAGCAGAGAUUCCAGGCACAGUAAGAGCAAGGAAACGUCGAGAAGAUCUCGUAAAGAUGCGGCUAGCGCGGAGAGAAGAAGGGAGAAGGACGAGAAAGAAGAUAGAUUGCAUUCUUCCAGCAAUAAUGAAACUGAACAACAGGACAACCAUGGCAGAGACGUCAAAGAGAACAAAGAAAACAAACAUGAUCGAAGAGACAGAGAUGAUAAGGAUAGAAGGGAGAGGGAGGAGCGAGAAAAACAACAAGAGAAAAAGGACAAGGAAGACAAAGAAAGCCAAGAGCGUAAAGAACGAGAGGAGAGAGAAAAACGGGAAAGAGAAGAGGAGAGGUGGGAAAAGGAGCGGCAAGAGAGAAGUGACCGGGAAGAAAAAGAGAGGAGAGAUAGAGAGAAUAAGGAAAAAGAAGAAAGUGAACGGAAAGAAAGGGAGGAAAAAGAAUCAAGGGAACGAGAGAGGAGAGAGAGAGAAGAAAAAGAGAGGCGGGAAAAAGAAGAACGAAAAGAGAGGGAAGAUAAAGAAAGACGGGAUAAGGAGAGAUUAGACAAGGAGAUGCGGGAACGUGAAGAAAAAGACAGGCAGGAGCGAGAGCGGAAAGAGAAUGAACGAUUGGAAAAGGAUAGACAAGACAAGGAACGCCUUAGAAAGGAGAAAGAAGAACAGGAAAGACGAGAAAAAGAAGAACGAGAACGAUUGGAGAAAGAUCGGAAGCGAGAACGGGAAGAAAAAGAGCGAUUAGAAAAGGAAAGGAGGCGGGACCGAGAGGAAAAAGAAAGACGAGAGCGGGACGAGAAGGAAAGGCUAGAACGAGAGCGACGAAAGGAGAAGGAAGAAAGAGAACGACUUGACAAGGAAAGGCGUGAAAAGGAAGAGAAAGAGAAGAUCGAUAAGGAAAAGCAUGAAAGAGAAAAGCGAAAGGAACGUGAGGAGAGAGAAAGGCGUGAGAAAGAAGAUCAGGAAAGGCGAGAGAAGGAAAAAAUGGACAGAGAAAAACGCCGGGAACGAGAAGAUAAAGAAAAACGGGAACGCGAAGAUAGAAGGCAGGUAACUGAAAAUCAUUACAUGCCAUCGCAAUUGCAAGCAUCUCCGGCUCCCGUUAAUACGAAACGGCGCGGAUCUUCGCAAGAUGUUCCUGAAGAUGAGUCCAAACGAAUGAGGAUAUCGGAGCAUAGACGAGAUAGCAAGGACAGGCCACGGCAAAAUCGAAAAUCCGAAGACAGGAAGCAUCGGAACGAGCAUAGAAUAAAUAGAGAAAGCAGAGAAGGUCGUGAAAAUCGAGAGCCAACCAUACAGCCAGAUAUGAGAGACAUCAGAGAUUCGAGAGAAAGUAGAGAUAAUCGUGAAAUCCGGGAGAAUCGAGAUAAUAGAGAUAAUAGAGAAAAUAGAGAAAAUAGAGAAAAUAGAGAAAAUAGAGAAAAUAGAGAAAAUAGAGAAAAUAGAGAAAAUAAAGAUAAUAGAGAUAAUAGAGAUAACAGAGAUAUUAGAGAUAUUAGAGACAAUAGAGAUAAUAGAGAUAAUAGAGAUAUCAGAGAAAACAGAGAAAACAGAGACAAUAGAGAUAGUCAAACACGCGAUUCUUCUCAUUGUGAAUUGCCGAAGGAACAGAACCGUGAGUCUCGCGAAAGUCGUGAUGGAAAGGAGAAACAACGUAAGAAGAGUCGUUCUGAACGUACUGAAAAGGAGAUCAGGGAGAGGAGUCCUCGUGUCUCACAUGAGCCUGAUAAAGAAUUUUUGAACAGAUUAGAACUAUCAAGGAGAAGUGAACCAAAUGAUCAAUCAGCUGCUCAUCAUGGAAGAGACAGCCAAUCUAUGCUGGCGAUGCACAGUGACGUUGACAAUGGUAUUCUUUCGACACCAGAAAUGCAAAGAAUGAGACAUACUUCUGCUACUGACACAGACAGUGACGAACCAAAGAAACAUUCAAUAUUUGAUAUAAUUGACGAUGAACCAGCUUACAUCAGUAUGUAUGACAAAGUGAAGGCACGCUCUACAAAGAACAUGCAAAAAUUAGAAGAAGAAAAAAGGCAGGUACGUCUCAAAGAUAAAUUCUCACAAUUAAAACAGAGUCGAGCGAGGCGCGAGGAAAAGAAACAAAGUACGUCUUGGGACGGUGACUCCGCGAGUAGUAAAGCGAUGACUGAAGAUGAUGGCACCUCGGAAUCAGAUUCAGCUCGGGCAAAAUCAUUGUCAAGAAAGGGAUCACGAUCUCGUAUUCACUCGGAUACCAGUGAGGAAGAGGAAUCCUUGACCAAAGUACAUAAAGUUAAAACGGAACCCUUUUCCGAAAGUGACGUAGACCUCGGUUUUGCUGAUACUGAGGAAAAGCACAAUCCGCUCAAAUCUUCGGGUCUUCUCAAUAGCAAUACUAUCAAAGAUGAGCCGAGAACGUCGGAUGAAGAAGAAAGAGUUCCUGUAUCAUUUCACAUGAAUCAUCCAGUUAAUAAUCAUGAGAGAGAAUCACGGAAAAAAUCACAUAAGAAGAAACAAAAACGCCAGAAAAAUUCUAUAUCUAGUGAAGAAGGGUCAAAAAUGGACGCCUCUGAGAAUAUUAAUCACAAAAGUAAAUCAAACCCUGCAACAACUGACAUUAUCAUUAAGACGGGGCCCACAGUUGAAAACUCUGAAGACAGAAUGCAUGCUGACAAGAAACAACGUAAUAAAAAAGAAAAGCGUAGAGAACGCAAUGGUGAAGACAAAGCUAAGGCUAGACGAAAAAGACUCAAUAGGCAAGAGGCUAGAGAUACACAAAGAAUGGAAGAUAUAUUCGGCCCUCUAUCGGAGGAGGAUGAUCUUCCCAAUCGGUUUUUCAACAGGCUCAAUAAUCUUCCAGUUCAAAAUACGUAUGGUUCCGACAGUGAUGGUAUACACAGCCCAAUUUUAGAAGUAGAACGAGAAAAAAGAAAAAAAGAGAAGAAACGACGGCACCAAACAGAAGAUGAAAACAGCGUUGAUCUGGCUGAAGCAGGAAGAGAAAUUGAAGCUAAACUACUAGGUCUGCCGAGUUCUCCGAAACCAUCUGUUGGAGAACACCAUGAUCACGAUGUAUUUAGAUUCACAGAUGACAAUGAUAGUAUUGAACCAUCUACUCCAAAUACAGUUCUAGAAAAAGUUAAAGAAAAGAAAAAGAAACGGAAGAAGUCCAAAGAAGAGCGUGGUCGAAAGGAAUAUCAUCACCAUCAUCAUCACGAUAAAACUGGAAACUUGCCACACCUUGGUGCAGAUCCAAGCCCACCACGAGCCAGUAGUCCAUUGAUAGCAAAAAUGGUAUCACCAACUUCGUCAGCAUCUAGGGAAACACUCUUGAGCCCUAUACCUAAAGUCUCGUCAAGCGUACCUGCCAUCAAACCUCCAACCCCACUGCCUGCACAUAUAAACAAACUGGAAAAGAAGAAAGACAAAUUGAUCCCAGGUUUUGGUACUGAUAUCGAUGAGACAAUCCAUGAAAAUGCAGUCAAAAGUAUAUCUGAGCCUGAAGAAAGAGAGAAUGGAAAACAAUCGUGUGGCAGAGAUGACUCUGAGACUGUGGUUCCAUCACCACCACCGCCGCAAGUUGAGGACAAGCCUCGUGUGGUUAUUUCACAAGAAGAAACUGAAGACGCAGUGGCUGCUUUGCUUGAAGAAACAUUUGGCGGUUCGACGGAAGAUUUCUCGUACGAAGGUGAAGAAGAAGCUGAAGCUGAUAAUACUAACGAACCAGCCACAGAUGCCCCCCAGGAAGAUGUCGAAGAGAUGCAACAAGCUGUUGAGAGUUUGAAUGCGUCCACCGAAGCAGAAACGGACUUGAAACCAGAUACACCUCAAAGUGAACAUGACUUGCAAAUCGAUACAGAUACAGAGGAAGAUCUUAGUUACGAAUCAUUUGAUCUAUCACAGCCACCAAAGACUCCUGAUAUACCCUCAUUUUAUAAAUCUCCUGCAAAAACGGAACUCGCAGAAAAACCAAUUGACAAUCAUUUGAACACACCUCCUGCCAAGGCCUCAAGCCCCUCAGCAUGUGUUUUACCACACUCAUGGAACUUGAGUGAUCAUAAACCUCGGAUUGUAAAGCCUGCGGUUGAAGCAGAGCCUGCCAAAGAAGCUCCACUUCGGACAUCGACACCUCCUUCUCAAUACAAACCAUCAUUGCUCAGUCCAACGAGUCUUCCGAUGUUACCUGACACGUUGAGAUUACCAUCUAACAGUCCUCGGCCCUUCGCAACUCAGUCUUCUCAUCAAAGACUGCCAAUGUCACCUCAAUCUCAAUUAGGUCCAUUACGACAAUCUUGUCCAAGGACACAGAAUUCUGCAACACCUGGAACAGUAAGAACACCUGGUCUUACGCCUCUACCACCAUUGGUACCUUCGAGGAUUCCUCCGCUGGUGCCAGCUCAGCAUUCUCCAAGAGUCCCACAGCAGAUAUCUCUCAAUGGUCAAUGGUGUCGUCCUUCAAUGCCAUACAUACAAAAUGUAAACAAGACAUCACCACCUCCGCCCCCGCCUCCGCUACCACCACCACCAUUGCCUCCACCACCAGCGAGAUUGCCCGUCAGUGUGCCAAUUGCAGCUCACCGACCGGAUACGCCUGCUCAGCAAAUAUACUCAACAGCUGCUAGCCAACAACCAGUUAUACAACAUACACCUGGUGCGAGAGCCUUGGUACCGAGUCACCCUUGUGGCGGAUUACCUCCACUUACUUUGAAUAUACCACCUCGACCUUAUAUGCCAAUUCCAUCUCUUGCAUCAAGUUCAAUCAAAAAUCCACGAGAUGCUGAGUCUAUGAAUAAAUCCGUCAUUGAGACUCUGUUACCAGUUAAUCCGAAUGCACCUCAACGUAUGGUGGAGCCGAAAUUAUCGCCAGCUGUUAUACCAGAACCUCCAAGUAAAGCCUCUACGUCGCCAAAAGUUCCAUCACCAAAUCAGCCACCAACAUAUAUACCAGAAACAGCGAAAAUUGAGAUUAAUGCUAGUACUUCUAGUCCCGGGUUUGGAAAAACUAUUGGCACUGAAGACUGCUUACUCUCGCCCAAGCAGCAUAAACCAACUGUAAUCACGGACAACACUAUGCUAUCGCCAAGACAGAAGCAGGAACCACCAACCAUGCAAUUACUGACAACUCAUAUACCACGAACAUCUACACCGAGUCCAGUUAUUGUCGCUCAUAGUCAGCAACAUAUCUCUCCUAAAUCUGUGCUCAACAUAGGACAACCAAUAGUCUCUGUAAACCAGUCUCUGGCAAAAACCGUUGUACCAGUAAUUUCGCAAGCACCUUCAAAAUCUCAAACGUCUACUGCGACACCAAAGUGUGGAUUAAUAAUGACUCAAUCAACUAUCCAGCAGCAGACUGUGAAUAAUCAAAGACCACCUAUUUCUCAAGGGCUAUUGCAUACUAAACCUCAUAUGCCAAUUGUUUCGAGUUCUCAGCAAACUGUUGUAACACAGGUGACGACAUCAAUCAUAUCAUCAGAUACCAUGACGGCGCCGACAUCGCCAAAACAGCCAACAGUUUUUACCUCAAGCCAGCGACAAGCUAGUUCCGAAGUUCAGGGAGCACAGUUUAGUCCGAAUACGCAUGCCGUACAACCCAUGCAACUUACGCCACCUAUACAACCUGCGCAGCCAAUGCAAAUCAAAGAGGAGGAUACAACUUGUGACCUCCGGAAACCAAACCCCAUAGAAACUGGAAAAUUCUUCGAACAAAUGUCAAAUGAACUUGACUUGAAGCUGAAACAAGCGAUACAAGAAUUAGGCAACUUGUCAUCACAAAUAAAAAAGGCCAACUUGACCAAUUGCAUAUCCGAAAAUAAAGAUAUUGUGGUACCGAAGAUUGAACCCAAACUCUUGGAAAAAUCUGAAAUCAAAGAGGAAAUAAAGGAAGAAGUCGUCAUAAAAGAAGAAAAAGUAGAUGAUAUGGAAUUAGAAGAUGAAUCGGUAGACCCAUUGAGAGAACCGAGCAGUGAUCCGUUAGCUCUGGAUCCAACGAAAGAAGAUCCAACCGAUAGUAAGGAAGAUAGCGACUAUUGGUCUGCUAAGGAAGUUAACAUUGAAAGUGUGAUUAAAAAAGUUGAUGCUUUAUGUGAUGGAGAAGCGAAUGAUGCAGAAGAAGAGACACAGCACAGUCAAGAGUUGAAUAGCGAUUCUCAUGACACAAUCAAGAAUGAAACUGAUUGGUUCGAUUCUGAGCAGGCUGAAAUUGAAGAGAAAAAAGACAUGGCACAUGACGAACAAGACGAAGGUGUAGAAACUUGUGAAACAGAAUUGACAAAAGGAAGACGACUUAGAUCUAAAGUUCGUCGAGGAGGCAGUGGCCGUGGGGGUGUUACCACAAGACGUGGAGGUAGGACUUCAACUAAUGUACCUCAACGACGUGGUGGUAAAUCAUCCAGAGGAGGUAAGCAUCAUACUGAGAAGAAAUUACCAGCAGAUGUUUAUGAAUUCCACGAUGACAGUGAGGAAGACAAUGCUGGUCGCCCACGUUUAAUACUUACUAUUAAAUCACCAGGACCUAAUUCUACAGGACCUAAUGCACAACCUGCAACACCGGUUGCUGCUGUUAAAGAAGUACCGCCUGAGGAAUUUAUUUCACCUGCAGCAAAUACGCGCAAGUCAAGACGGCUGGCUGAGAAAGAUGGUAGUCGCAGUACAGUGGAUGAUGUUAUUGACGAAGUUAUCCGUGGCUCUGCUGUAAACAGAUCUAUUAUUGCAGGUGUUCAUGCAACUAGACGUAGUACUAGACACAACAAUGUUCCACGAGGUGCUCAACAAUUACAACCACAGCCAACCCCAACCGAGUCCCGUAAAUCACCUAGAGCAACUCGUAAGGCUACUACUCGCAGAGCUUCGGAAAAUAAUGAUGAUAGCAGCGAAGAAAAGAGUAAGGAAGUGCAAACAUUCCAGGACAUCCCGAUCAAACAGGAGACUCCCGUCAACGAAGAAAGUUCAAAAACUGUUACAGUACCAAGGGAAGUAUCGUUGCAGAAUCCAAAAUCUAGUUCACUGGAACCAAUGACACUAAUUGAUCCAGUGACGGGAGUGCUAACUCCAAUGCGGGAAUCUGAAGAAGGGCAAUACAUACCAGUGUCAACUGCAGCUGGAAUUGCGCAAAACGCUCGGGCUACAUCAGAAUCACAAGUUGCCGUCGUUGUGAGCUCUUCGAGUACACAGCAGGAGGCUAAGUCUCACACUAUUUCGUCGAAUCCAGCCCCAGCAACAGUGAAAUUGAAACCCGAAGUUAAUUUACCACCUGCCAUUGCAGAACCACCAACUUGUCAGCCGCAAUCGCAACCACAUGUGCAGACGAAGCCUCAACCAACUGUAAUAGCUACACCACAAUCUCCUGUUGUGCAAACACCGAUAUCAGUGGCAAAACCUAAGGCAGCUGCGUCACCCAGCAUCGUUGUGAGUCAGGCACCGACUACAACUGCGAGUCAGGUGAAAACACCUACCAGCCUUAAAGCUCACGUUUUGAACGCUAGCAAGCAUGUGAAUUCAAUUCCGCAACCGAUUAUCAGUAAACCAGCAGUGCCCAACCUUUCUAGCCAAACUAUUGUUCAAAACAUUGUAAAGCAACCUGCACAAGCGGUACCAGGCCUACAUUUACAAAUACCCGGCGGAAAAAUUCCUUCUGCAAGUCUUAGUCCACGUUUGAAGGUGCCUCAAAGUAAUGGAGCUAAUAUAAAACAAGGACAGCCAAUGUCCCCUGUGUUGAACUGCACCGCUGCACCUAAUCCCAAACAACAUUUGUUACAAGCGGUUAAACAGCAUUCUCCGACUAUCGUUAAUCUGCCACAAAAGUUGCCACUUAGUGUGCGUCCUAGUAAUGUUGUAACGGUCACCACGCAAAGAGUUCAUCAACCUCCGGCACAGCCUGCUACUUUAAAAUCAAUCGGAGGACAACAACAUCCGUUAAAUCCAAAAGCACAUUUGCUCCAAGUGGUGGGUCCUCCAAUAAUGACUGGGUCAGUAGCCAGUCCUCCGACACAGCCCCAUCUCAUUAGUUUGCAGCCAGUUGUAACUGGUGCAAGCUCUUCAAGAUCCGCAAUACCAAAAUCUCAGAUUUCUGUAGCAAUGGAACCACCAAAAGUGGAAGUAUCCAUAGGUGGCUGUAUAAUGGUCCCAACAGCAAGCUCACAAGGUCGCGGAGUACCAAUCCCAAACUAUGAAGCCUCAUUGCAUGGCGCGGGUACCACUCCGUCCCCAGGGAGUCAGUAUGGGCUAGGCCCACUUCGUCGCUCCCAGAGCCCCCCAUUGCCCCCACCUGCCCAUCAUCAUGCUAAUACUCCUCAGGGUGAAGUCGUCAACCACUACGGAGGAAUACCUCGCGGUGAUCUCCAAGCUCACUAUAUGCACCCACAAGUGCUGCAAUAUCAAUAUCUCCGUGCCCAACAAGAAGCACUAACAACUCCCCGCAUUGCUGCGUAUCAUGGACCAGGAACCAGAUCGGAAGAGCGUCGUUUAGGAAGGCGUUCACUGCGGACUACUCAGCUUCCUGUGGGAUCAGUUCCUCACGGAAUAGCACUUGAACUUGGCGUUUAUAUAUCGAAGAUCUCUCCUGGUAGUCUGGCUGCUAAGGAAGGAAACCUGGCCGUUGGUGAUCGUGUGCUGAAUAUCAAUAGUAAGCCAAUGGACAGAUUAAAUUCAGCGCAUGAAGCAAUGGCAAUUUUAAAUGACAAUUCUACAGACGUGCUGACAAUUACGACACUAAAAGGAAUACCUUUACCUCCGAGUAACACUAAAUCUAUUUCCUCUGACAGUAAUUUUAGUCCAGAGAAGCAUAAAAUGGUAAAUAGCUUUUCGCAAACUGAACAGGAGAGGUUAAUGUUAAAAACGACUCCUGAAGAUUAUGAUAGACGCUACGUAACAUCAAAUUUCGGUAGUGUGUAUAAAGUGUCAAAAUCAACGAAUGGAGAUAAAUCAAGCGGUAUUAGUAAUGCUUGGGAUAAUAUCAGGGAAAAAAUCGAUAUCGUCAGAGGUCGUAGGCAUAGCAAAGAUAGGGAAGAAAAAAAGAAGAGACAUCGCAAUUCUAGUCCAAAUACUUUUGAACAGGAACAAGAUGCUAUAGCAGAGCUUGAUUCUGUGAUAGAGAGCUAUCAUAAAAAAGCUAAUAAUGGUGUUUUAAAACGAAGUAAACGAAGAGGAGAAAAAUUAGAAAAAAAUGGUGGUACUUGGCCAAAGGCUAGAGGCGGUCCUCAAAUACAGAAUGGGACAGGUACUAUACUCCAUCCACGGAAAACCAAAGAAAGACUUCCAUUGAGCGUACUUUUAAAUCAUCCUCCGAAAUAUGAGAGCUACAAUUAUAAUCGCAACUCUAAUCCCAUCCCUGCAGCAACAUUUUCAAACGUUAGCAACAGGCAUACCGUCUACAAAGCAGUUGAAAGUCCAUUACCUAAUUUCAGUAAAUCUGGUAAGCUUUUCAGUCAGAAAUCGUUUUCACCUGCUGUACAGUUCAAGGAUAUAGAUAAGAAGUCUGUAAACGAAUUUGAGGUGAAUGAAAAUCGUUUAAGUGCUGCUCUUGCUCCGUCUGAAACGAGCAUCGAUUUUUCCGUAAAAUCAUGCAAUAUUGGAAAAGAACUGGAUUACUAUACCAAGAAAAAAGCCCAGAAAUAUCUAAGCAACGACAAUCAGAUGGAUGCUAUGCAACACAAUAGAGUACACUCGCAACUUUACAGUCUAGGCUCGGCUUCGUCUGGGCCACGACAGCUAGCGGCUAAUUUCUCGUUCCCCCCCUACACUCAUUCCCAUCCCCAUCCUCAUCAGCAAAAUUCCUUACCUUCCAGGUACCCUUCACCCCCAUCUUUACCAUCUGCACAGUCCGGAGAGUCUAUAGGUCUUCCUGAUCCGAGAUCGUAUUGUUUCGAGCCUCCUUAUAGCCCAUCAACACAACCGGGGUUUGGGCAUUUGCACACCCCAUCCAUGGAUCUGCACUAUCACAAGCCUCGUCCUCAUCCUAUAACCACUGCUUACGACGUACCGGCGUAUACUCAUGGGUACGAAGGAGGAACCUUUCCUCGGAAGAAGGAGAAUCAAAGAUUUCGCAUUCCAUCCAAUCCCAGCGUGACAUCAAAGAGUAGCGUUGGCAAACUAUCUACUGGAAGCAUAGAACGAACCUCCGACAGAGGCAGUCCAAUGCCUACGUUUCACGUCGAAGUUCUAAGCCCUGGGACAGGAACUACCAGAGGGGAUAACAAGCGUGCCAGUAUGCCAGAAUAUUGUUAUGCACAACCCAGACCAGCACCAGGAGAAUUACGACGUGUUCACAUUGAUAAAUCUGUCGAGCCAUUGGGUAUUCAAAUAUCCUGUUUAGAGAGCGGUGGUGUAUUUGUGUCAACAGUAAGCGAGCACAGUUUAGCUUCACAAGUUGGACUGCAAAUUGGAGACCAGCUGCUGGAGGUCUGUGGCAUUAACAUGAGGAGCGCUACUUACCAGCUUGCAGCAAAUGUAUUACGACAGUGUGGUAAUUCUAUUACUAUGCUGGUACAAUACAGUCCAGAUAAAUACAACGAAUUGGAAGGCUCGGCAUCUUCUAGUUCUUCGGAAGCUGGUGGAGAAGAAGAAGCGAGUAGAAGUGGUUCACCAACACCUUGUAACAGUCCUGAAGCUUCACGUAAGGUAGCUCAAAGCUUGGAUUCAUCUGAACCUGAGCGAGAUGCUUCAUCUUUGAGCGUAAUGAGAGGAGACAGAGAAGCUAGAAAUUCGGCAUCCCUAGAUAUAAGGAGUACUCAAGACAGAGAACGAGAUAUCAGAAAUUCAGCAUCGCUUGAUAUCAAUGUGCGGAAUCCAGAACUUCGAAAUUCUACUGCGCUAGAUCUCAGAAAUAGUACAGCAUUAGAUAGCAUUAGAAAUUCUGCAACAAUGGAGACCUUGAGAAGUGGUAACAACACUUUGACUCGCGCGCAAAUAAAUCAAGCAGUUACGACGUUGCAGCGUCAAAAUGCUACUGUCCGAAGUCCGACACAAGAUGAGCAAAGUAGACAGAGUCCACCGCCUGGGGAGCCUAGGUAUCUCUUCAUAGAAACUCGAAAAUGUUCUAAUCUCGGCAUUUCCCUUGUUGGAGGUAACAGCGUUGGUAUUUUUGUAAAUUCUGUGCAACCUGGGUGUCUGGCGGAAGGUGCUGGGUUGCGAACCGGUGAUCGUAUUCUUGAAUAUAAUGGAGCUGACCUGCGACAAGCUACUGCCGAACAGGCUGCUUUAGAGCUUGCAAGGCCAGCAGACAAAGUCACGUUAAUAGCACAACACUUACCUGAUCAUUACAAAGAAGUUAAGGACAAGCCAGGUGAUAGUUUCUAUAUACGAGCAAUGUUUGACAGAGUGGGAGAGCUCGGUAAUAACUUGCAACUGCGAUUCAACAAAGAUGAUGUUCUAUAUGUCGAUAAUACCAUGUUUAAUGGUACACCAGGAUAUUGGAGAGCUUGGCUAGUAGAUCAAGCAGGACGACGCCAACAAUGUGGUAUUAUUCCCAGUAGGUUCAAAGUUGAAGAAGAAUUAUUGUUACGACGAUCCUUGGGUGAUUUGGAGACAGAUGCUGGCAGGCGAGGUACAACUAGUGCUAGACGUAGUUUUUUCCGUCGUAAAAAGCAUCAGCGAUCGUCUAGCAGAGACAGCAAAGAACUUUCCCAACUUACUGGAGUGAACCUCGGGUGGUAUAGCGAUAGUGGUACUCUUAACGAAGAAAACAUACCAGCCACCUACCAGCGUGUGGAACGACUCGAUUAUCCUACUUUGAGACCGGUGUUAAUAAUCGGCCCAUUGAGCGAGUGUGUAGCAACAAAACUCCUGCAAGAGUUUCCUCGAGAGUUUAUCAGAUGUUUGCCAGAAGCUAUGCACUGCUCACAGGUUACAUUAGAGCAGCACUUGCGUGAUUCACUAUACGUUGACUACAGAAAGAAAGGCAGCUAUUUUGAGUGCACCACUGUCCAGGCAGUUAAGGAAAUUUGUGAAAAGAAUUCACACUGCAUCUUAGAUAUAUCUAUUGCUUCUAUUGAACGAUUACAUAGACACCAGAUAUAUCCGAUAGUUUUGCUAAUCAAGUUUAAGAGCACAAAACAAAUAAAGGAAGUUAAGGAUUCCAGGUAUCCAAGUGAUAAAGUUAGUGCAAAGGCGGCUAAAGAGAUGUAUGAAAAUGCUCUCAAACUGGAGGCGGAAUAUAAACACUAUAUUUCCGCUGUGAUACCAGCUGGCGUAAAUGUGGCAUACAUAUGCACGCAAGUGAAGGCAGCAGUGGAUGAUGAGCAAAGCAAAGCGUUGUGGGUCGCCCGUGGACCACCUUGACAGCAGCGAGGGGGGUCCCAUAAGCCACAAUGGAAAUCGAUCUAACUGCUUGACAGGGCUCUCAUAAAAAAUAUAGGUAUAGAAGAGUGUCACGAAACAUGGUUCAUCAUGCUUUAAUAAAUCGACCACAAAAAGAGGGUAGAAGUAAAAAAAUUCGAUGUCAACUGUUUGGGUCCAUGCAUCGAGUAAGAUCAAGUUCUGCAUUUUGGUUUCGGCUGCUAUAUGCUAAGCAUAAUUUUUAAAUGAGACACGGUGUUGCCUUGAUGUACUGAUGUGGAGGUAGGAUUAAUGCCACCUUGAAGCUCUGGUUGUGACUAGCUAUAGGCAUUAAAUAAUUACACGUUCUUAUUUUAAAACCUUGGUAGUACCCGGGUAAGUUAUUUUCAAACAAUAGCUAAUCACUUUCUUGGUAAUUGACAUCUUUGGAAUAUUUUAAGCUGGCAUAUGAUAAUCUUCGAUCCACAGUGCAUGUAAUAUCAUGUUAUAAUAUGUAUAGUACUUGAGGUUAUAAUAUAUAAUGUAAAAAUUAAAUCGGCCAAGUAUUCGAAAAUAUACAAUAGGUAUAUACAGAAAGAAAUUGAACAAUUCAUAAUUGUUGCUAGAUUACAUGAACUUAAAUUGGAACAGAUUAUUAAUAGCAAAUAAAACCAAAUGUCUGGUCGUAUAGUGUCAAUUAAAAAAAUUAGAAAUUUCUAAGCGCUUAAGUCACAAUACACAAUGGAAUUGGUAGAGAAGGAAAUACACAAACAGGAAUUAAUCUUUAUACAGCAGUUCCUGAUUCUAAUUUGUAAAUAUAACAUGGGAAAAUAAGUAUUUCUACAAACAAAAAGCAACACAAUUAACUUUUAAUAAUAAUUUAUAGCAAUUACGGUGAGGUGUAUUAUUUUGUAAGUUGCAUAAUUCGAUCAAUUAAAUGUUUGGCAUAAGGUAGAUUUUCCAAUUGCUGAAACUUAUUUCUCUAAGUUACUCUUUCAAUCAUUCAAGAUAAAAUUUUAAAUUCAACAAUUUCUUCCUGUAUAGGCUUUCAACUAUUACUUGUCUAAUUGAAAAUUUCAUAGUUUUUAUUUAUAACUGGUAACCUUGAAAAAUGAAAGGCUCAGUAAUUGGAAAAGCUACCUUACGUGGCAAAUGUGGUAUUGAAUUGUAUAGAAACAGACGAUUUUGUAAUUAUUUAGAAAUCACAACGAGAUGAUUUUCAAUGGAUUUCAUCACUUCUUUUUUUUUGGAGUUGAGCUAGUUGUACUGGAAAUAUUGUCAUAAGUUGCUUCAUGUUUCAAGUGCAACUAAAUAUUUUCAAAAUUGUAUUAUUUAUUGUACUGAGAACGAUAUCGAGCUUAUUGUACUAACCACAUGAAGAUCUAAGUGGCACGAUCUAGCUUUAACCAAUUAUUAAUUUUUUUUUUAUGCCAUCUUAUGUUCUUGAGCCCGUUAAUUAUUAUUAUUAGCUGUGGACUUCUCAAAUCGUAUGAGUUGAGAAUAAGAUUUAUUCGGUCUCUAUUGGUUUUUCGUGAUCGUUUUUUUGCUUUUUUGCUUUUACGUUUUCUUGUAAAAUUAAGUUUUCUAAUCGGACAAUAUUUAGGCAUAAGUUUACGCAGACCAAAAAUUACAAGAAUAUAAUAAUUAAUAAGGGUACGAUUAAUCUUGUUUCCAUUGGCAGUUGGCAAUGAUUUAUAAAGUGAUAUUUAGUGGAGCCACAAUACUACUUUAACGUAGCCAAAAUGAUCUUAAAUAGUGACAUUAGGAACAAAGAACAAAUUACUGGCAUAUGUUUUAAAUAUUAUAUUUGCUAUGUGAUUUUACAAAGGCUUGCUUGAAUAUUUGUCUGUGUUUGAACGAAUUUCUGUAAUUUUACUACUGGAAAACUGAAGAUGAUGCAACCAGGUCAUUUAUUGAAUACUGGUCACUACUGGUCAUUACUGGCUACUACCGGCCUCAAGUAAAAUCGACUGCGUCUGUCGCACUCGUAUGUAUGAAUGAUAUUUUACCACUUCAGUUUUCAGAAAAAUUUCUUCUUAACAUUGGUUCGUAUGAUAUUGAGGGUCACUGGAAAUUCUACAGUAUUUAGUAGUUAGUUCUAAUACGUCACAUUUCAAGCAAGUCCGAUACUAAAUAUAAAAAUAAGCAAUCGUAAAGUUUAGAAACUUGACAGCUCAAUAAUAGUGAUUGUAAUGAUACAAUCACAGUUUUGCAGAUACUGCGUUAACAACAUAUCAUUGUAACAAUGUUCACUUAUACAUAUGACACGAAUGUUUUAGACAAUCUGUAUCCAAUCAUACAUUUAGACGUACAUACAUAAACUACAGUAGACAAAGACAUAUACAUUGAAAUAGCGUUAAUAGUAAUAUACCUAAUAAAAUAAUAUUACAUUCACAUAGGUAGUUGCACUUUGCACUCACAAUAAGAUGACUAGAAUUCAUUGAAGCAUUGCUGGUGAUAUAUUGUAGCUAAAGGGGCUGAUGGCAUUGACUUUGUCGUAGAAAUCUCAAAUAGUUCAUCAGACUGUCUUUGAAUUUCUGUCACUCAAGUCAUGCCUGGUCUUGAGUAGUAUUCUAUUUUUACGAAUUUAACAUCUCUGUGUUACUUGACUAUUACGCAGAUACUUUUCUUCUUCCGAUAAUAUUGUCUAUGAUAAUUUCCCUUGUCAUCUUCGAUUGUUGUAAUUAUUUCUUGUCCGUUUAAUCUUAGAUUGCAACUUUUAAUACUUUAAACAUCGAUGCCUAAAGGCAAUUAGAAUAUCGAGAUCAAUUAUUACAAAUUAAUCACGGGCUAGUAAAAGUUUUAUUUUCUAUUGUUGGCACAUCAAUUUUCUCAAUGAGGGGGAAGCAAAAAUAUCAAAAUUUAUUAAACAAAUUGUAUACCGUUGUAAAAUUUUUCAUAUCUUAUUUACUUACGUAACUAUUCACAAUAACGAGAAAAUAAUUCAACGAAUAUUAUUUAAAGGUGGUAUGUACCGAGUUUUAAUUUGGAUAUCACAUUUUUAACCAAGAAAUUAGUAUUAAAUUAUGGAAUAUGCGAAAUGGCCGAAAAAAAAUAUCCAAUUAUCACUUACAAAGUCCUCCCAUACUUGAAUUAAAGAAAGGCACGCAUGAUUUAUUAAUUUCACAUCGAAUGUUGAUCGGCAUGUGGUUUGUGAUGUGUCAGUUUUUUUUAUUCAUAACUUCAUUUAAAAGAACUCUUUGAUUAAAAGAUAAGUCCAUACGAUUUUUAUGUGUUCUACUUGGUGCUUUUGAAAUGUUCGUCACCGAUUACAAUAUUCAUUAUUGUGCCUUGGUACUGAUAGUGAUGUAUAAAUCGCCAAUCGAAUGUAUUAUAAAUAAUAUAUUUUAACUUUUGGUGCCCUGUGAUUAAUGAUAUAUUGUAGCAUUCUGUAAUAUUUGCAAUGGUGAAGUGUUUUUAGCUUAAAAAGUUUACAGCAAUCUGAUUCAAUUUCAAAAUGCAGAAACUAUCAACUCCUGAAUAUUGAAAUGAGCUUCAAUCUGAUUAUUCAGUUUAUACCAUAAAAUUGGCUACAUAGCUACUCCACUCAGUGCAUUAUACAAUUGAAUAUACUUGUGACAACUAGACAACUUCACUAACAUUUUUUGCUAGUUAUUUCAUCGUGCAAUUGAUUAGAAUGAAGUGUCAUUUCAUAGCAAUAACAGUAGGUUUUACCCGUAAGAUUGAGAAGAUCAAUGAAUUAAAGAAUGGUAUUCUACUGAAAGUGAUGGUAUUGUUGAAUUUGCCAAACGUAUGAUUCAUUCGUAAAGCGUUUCAAAGAAAAAAGAACUGGCUGCUCAAGUAUAGCACUGUCUAGAGUAGUAUAUAUACGAUCUUCUUACUCAAAAAGUGAGCCAAUGUUGUUCAGCAGUCACUAAUAUUGUUGUGUUCCUAUAAUGUGCUCUUCUUGUAAUUUGUAUACAUAAUACACAUAAUAUUCAAUUAGGCUGUCUCAGUGCAUUCAUAAUAAUAUAUUAUAUUAUCCGAACAUGGGUGAUAUGUUUGUGGAGCAAUUAUAUGAUAUAGAUUAGAGCAGUCCACUUUUCACUGCAAUGCAAUUCAAUGUGAAUUAAUUAAAUCUUACUAUAUUAUAUACCACACUAUAUGCUAAGAGACUAUGAGAGAAUUUGAGAUGAAUUUUUCGACAUUUUUUCCUGCAAUGGUUUUGAUACCAAAUGUUUUAGCACGUAUUUAUAAAUAUUUAUAUUUAUACACAGCUUCUUUACAUAAUAUAUAUUUGACAUUGAUUCUUAUACAGUAGUUGUAGGUAAUGUUGUUGAAUAUGGAGGUUGUUUUUGAGCAAUUUCUGCUCUAACUGGAUGCCCAAUAAAAAUACUAACGUUUAACGUUUAUCAUUGUUUAAUUUGUUUUUUUUUUACAAUGCAGCAUUUAUAACUCGUCUAAUGAAAUUAAAUACAAUGAAAAUUACAAAUAAAUCAUUAUGUAACAAAUGGCGGAUACUCGCUGGCCAAUGUUUAAACAUAUAGAAUAUUAAUAUCAGGUAAAAUCUGCAUUUUUACUUUUCAUUGAUAAAGCGACGACUAUGAGCCGUUUGUGUUUCGGUACCUUAUAACAUACGGAAUUUGAAUCUACGAUGAUUUUUUUUUUUUUGUAAAAAAUUCAAAUAUUUGAAUAUUUAUGGAAUACUGUUAUGACAAUAGGCAGCUUUAGUUCGUAAUAUUAUUGUUAUUAUAUAUUAUCCAUUAAGUUAAGGAAUAUGGUGUAUAUAUAUUCAUAAUUUAAACAAUAAAAUCAAAGUAAUGAAUUAACAAGAAAUGGAUUAACGAUUACAAUCAUGAGCGUUUUCAAAUACGCACAUAGUUUCCGAUUUGCCAAUUGGUGUUGUAAUCGCAUGUGUAAUGGUAUAAGGUUUUGAGCGCUAUCACACGCUGUUCAUGGGAA